AUGUUAGACGAGAACGACGUUGACAUUCCGAUUAAAUUAACGAAACAUGCAUUACUGUUGGCCGGAAUAUCUAUUGGAGAUCAACGAAUGAAGUUUUUAAUAAAUCUCUUCUAUUAUUUUAAUCUGGUUUGGCUGUACACGGACGUGAUCGGCGAAUUUUUUUGGUUGACCGAUGGGAUAAAGUUGGGUAAAAGUUUAGAUGAGUUAUCAAUGAUAGCGCCUUGCAGCACGAUUUGUUUGCUGGCGACAGCUAAAUCUUUACCGAUUUUCUUUAAUAAAGAUACUUUAGAAACUGCAGUUGCAAAUUUAAGAAAUAUACAUUUGAAAGCACUUAACAAUAUUGAAACUACAGAUGGGAGUUUCGAAAGAAAAACCGUCGAAGACUCGCUUAAAUUUCUAAAUUUCAUUGUAUAUUUUCUGGCGAUGCUCUGUGCUGUUGUGGUGGUGAUAUUCUCGAGUUUACCACUCAUGUUGAUGGGCUACGAUUAUUACUAUAACGGUGAAAUGGACUUGAAGCUGCCGUUCUUGAUUCAAUAUUUCUUUGACGCUUACGCCAACACGACGAUUUGGGGCCUUGUUUACUUUCAUCAGGUCUGGUCGACAACAAAUGUAUGUAUGAAUAUAUUUGCUGUGGACACAUUGUUUUACGCGUUCUGCACGUAUAUACAAGUCCAUUUUUAUAUCCUCGGCCACCAUUUUGAGAAUGUCAUCUGCGAUUCGCACGACAAGACAAGGGAAAGGAUGCGUCAAUGCAUAAAGAGGCACCAGGAACUUAUAAAAUUGGUCGAUCAGUUAGAGAUAUUGUACUCGAAAUCGACCCUAUUCAAUAUAUUGAGCAGUUCGCUUUUAAUAUGUUUAAGUGGAUUUAACAUAACGAUCGUGGCGGAGACGAGCGCCAUGUUGGCGUUCACACCUUUCCUCGUCGUGAGCCUGUCGCAGAUAUCUCUCAUGUGCUUCUACGGGGACAUGCUCAUGGCUUCGAGUACGAGUAUAUGUGACGCGAUCUACAAGUGCCGCUGGUACGACGCCUCCCUAGACAUCAAGAAAAGUAUCACGAUAGUCCUAUUUAGAGCAAGAAAGCCUUGCAAAGUGACUGCCGCUAACUUUGCAGUUCUUAACUUGAGUGCUUUUACGACGAUCCUAAGCCGUUCGUGGUCUUAUUUCGCUCUGUUAAAGACCAUGUACGAUUAGAUAAAAAACAACAAACACAUAAUCUUUCUUUAUCUUUAAUUGUUUAGCCACGCACGUAGUUUCAACAUUCUGUGAUUAACUUUUAUUGUGGAUUUACUUCAUCAUGCACACACACACACACAUACACGGUUUAUAUUUUGAUUUUCAAGCUCGGAGUAAUGGUGUCAGAGAAGAUAUCGUGAAAAUUGCUGAAAAUGUUAGCUUGUCUGCAUUAAAAAAAAUUAUUGAGUUAUUAAGUAUGCAUUAUAUUUAAACAGAAUACAAAAUAUUGUAACAAGACGGAAUUAGUGAAAUAAAUUUUUACAACACUGCUAAAAA